CAGACCAGUUCCGUCUCCACCUUCACCUAAACACAGCCGGAAGGAGGGAAAGAAAAACACUAAAUUAAUAAUGAAAAAUACACUGUAACCUCACGUGACUAAGUACACUCGUCUGCUGGAGUGAGGCGGGAGUAAAUCUGCAAUAAAACACGAAUAUAACUGAAACGAAGAAAACAAUAUACAAGAUUAGCAGUGUCAUUUCCCGCCACAACCAUCAAACGUGUUGCUGUGUCGGCUGCUGUGGUGAAGUGCAGGUAAACUAUAGCGAAAGAAGAGAGAAGGGGGACAGGAGGAACAGUACAGAGCGCUGAGAAGACAGGAGGAAGAGUAUACGGCCUCAAGACGACGUGAGGAGAAGAAGAAGGCAUCAUGGGGAAGCAAGGAACCGGUCUCUUCUCCUACAGCUCUUUAGUUCAUGCCAUUGCCGGGGGAUGUGGGUCAGCAGUGGCCAUGGCGACCUUCUUCCCGUUGGACACAGUGCGCACCAGACUUCAGUUGGAGGAAGGAAGGGCAAGCAAGAACACCUUCACCCAGAUGAUUGAGAUUUACCAUGAAGAAGGAUUAGUUGGCCUGUACCGAGGGCUGCUGCCAGUCAUUGAGUCACUCUACUGCUCCAACUUUGUCUAUUUCUACACCUUCCAUGGCCUGAAGCGUGUGGCCAACAAGGAGCAGGCAGCCAUCAGGGACCUGCUGCUGGCAAUGGUGGCUGGUUCUGUCAACGUGAUGGUGACAAACCCACUGUGGGUUGUGAACACCAGGCUGAAGAUGCAGGGUGUGCACCGCCGCAAGCCACCCACCACCCCCAACGCCGCCUCCACCAACCACCACUACAAGGGGAUGCUGGAUGGGGUGAGGCGAGUGUGGCGUGAGGAGGGUCUCGCAGGUCUUUGGUCAGGUGCUACGUCCUCCCUGGUCCUGACUGUCAACCCAGCCAUCCAGUUCAUGGUGUACGAGGCGGCCAAGCGGCAGGCCAUGAGGGUGUCUGGCGGCCAGCAGCUCAGCUCCUCCACUGUGUUCCUGGUGGGGGCGGUGGCCAAGACUGUGGCUACUGUGCUCACCUACCCCAUUCAGCUGGUGCAGGCCAAGCAAAGGCAUGGCCACAGCUAUGAGGGGCUUCCACAGAACGCUGGCGUCAUCACUCUCAUGUUGUACAUCCUGAAACUGCAGGGACCCAAGGGACUGUUCAAGGGGCUGGAGGCCAAGUUGCUGCAGACAGUGCUGGCUGCGGCCCUCAUGUUCGUGUGCUAUGAGAAAAUUGCUGCUGCUGUCUUUGCUGUCCUGAUGGGCCGCCGCCGCCUGGUGGUGAAGCAGUGAGCAGUAAGGCACAGAUGUGUGUGUGUGUGUGUGUGUGUGUGUGGUGAUGAAGUGAGCUGGUGUGUGUGUGUGUGUGUGUGUGUGUGUGUGUGUGUGUGUGUGUGUGUGUAAUUCAUCUAUGGUCGUCUGCUGGUCACUCAGUCAGUCAUUUCCCUAUAGAGUGUAGAACUCAUAGCAACCAGUGUGUGUGUGUGUGUGUGUGUGUGUGUGUGUGUGUGUGUGUGUGUGUGUGUAUAGAACAAGUUUGGGUCCAUUAAAUUCAUAAUGUCUCAAGGGAAGUGUAAUAUAUAGUUUUGUAAUUUAUUUUCCAUCUUAUGUUUAUUUGUGGUUGUGAUUUAUUGUUUCACGUGGGAAUCUGGUGUUCAUUUGUAUGUCUUUCUUGUUUGAUGCAAUAAGUGAACACUUGGCAUUCCUAGAGUAAGUUUUUGUUGCUGUGCCAUUAUGAACAUAGUAUAAUAGUGUAUACCUGUAUCAUGUUAAAAAAGGCUUCUUAAUGCAGAUAUUCUUUUCACAUUCAGACAGUAUUAACAUUUGGGUCUGUGUUUUUAUUAUAAUUUAUUUUAAUGAAAACUACCUAUGUCAUACAGUGAACAAUAUGUAUUGAGUCAGCAUCACCUGUGUAAGCUGUAAAGGAAUUUGUGUUUGUGUAACUGCAGUACACAAACUGUUUCUACUAUUUAUCUGUCUUUACUACCUAUGUCUUCUGCAUUCUCUUCUGGUAUACCUCUCAUCUGCAUGUCUUCCUUCAAUUCAUCCUAAACCUUCUUUCUCUCUGGUCUCUCCCUCCUUGCUUAGUGUCUCCAGCAGUCUCCUCACCACACACUCCUCAUCUCUGCUCAUGACCACUUCUCAAGCUAUCUCCUCACUGACAUGCAGUCCCACUAAUAUGUUCAUUUAUAACCUUUUUUCAUCCUCUUUGUUGUAGUGUUAUUUAUUAUAUUUAUCAGAAGCAUUUAUUAUAUUUUAUCAUGAACAAUUUUCAGUUUCUAGUUCAGCCAACCAUAGAAUAGGUUAUGAAGCUGCUGCCUGACAGUUUAUGAAGUUAUAUGUAGAGAUAUGCAACAGCAGUCUUGAAGUGUUUGUAUAUUUUGCUGGUGAAAAAAUAUGUUGUGGGACCUAAAAUGUGUUGUAAGGUAACUGUCACAUUUGUGGUAUAAGGAAUAUGAGUGCUUGAAAGAAUGUGUGUUGCUGUUAUUAUGUGAGAUAUGUCGCGUGAAAGUUGUGGAUGCUGUGAAUGUUUAUUUAGUGUAUGUAAAUAUUCACUUUUAUUAAUAUUUGCACUAUUUGAUAUUUUAUAUAUUAGUUUCUCUCUCUCUCUCUCUCUCUCUCUCUCUCUCUCUCUCUCUCUCUCCAUAUUGCAUUGGUGUAAUAAUGGCUGUUGAUUUAGCUUUGUCAUGUGUAACUUGGUGCCUGGAGUAUGUUGUGGUACUGUUGUCUAAGAUGGUAAUGGACAGGGAAGGUGAAUUAUAGUGUGAACAGUCAAGUGAAAGUUAUGGAAGUUACUGGUGUUGUGGCAAGAACAGUCAAGGCUAACCAGAUAUCAUUGGGGUCUUAGUAAUCUCCCAUUGCUUGAGUGAUAAAGUAACUUUUGCAUUUCAUGUGUUCAUUCAGGUACAGUUCCCAGUAAUGACCUUUCUUAGCUACUUUAUCCUGCCUUCAGAUCAGUUUCUUGGUGUUCUUGUCAUACUCCAAAGGGGGCAUGACAACAGUAGGAAGUCUGAUAUAGAAGAUAAAAGAGUGGGACCAAGAUAGGAACUUUGUCUUAUAAAAAACAGUAUAUUAACACUCAUUGUUUCCUGUUGAUCAAAAAUAUGGUAAUCCAGUGAAGUAUUUGUUAUGUGGUACCAUAAUACACAAUUAAAUUGUUAUUUCUUAAUGGGUGAUUGUAUUAAAGGGAUUAGUAACAUCAAACCCAAUAGUCAGGUUUGUCUAGGAAUGGUAAUAUAACUUUGUUAUGAUUUAAGUACUUGAGUCUUAAGUGUUGCUGUGUUGGUGUGAUUCACUGUGUUCUUGUAUUCAUUCACAAAGUUUGUACAUAAUAGAUGUAAAUGGAUUGUGUGAUGGGUGCAUAUGUACUCUUGAAGAUGGCAGAAAUGUUUGCACAAAGUCAUUCACAAGGAAGAGUGGACGACAUACUGUGAUGGGGAAAGUGUAACGGCACACUUGUUUUUAUGCAUGGAAGCAGUGCCUGUCUCCCCACACAGGAGCAGCACAAGUAGGAUAAUGUAUGACUAGCAGUAGUCAUCUAAUUAUAUACAGGACCUCAACUGUAGAUGUGUGGUCCAGUCUUUUUAUCUACAUUCAUCUAGCUUUCCCCUCAGUUUGAUGCUGAGUUGCUUCUUCUAGUCCAUUCCAAAUAGUCAUGUUAAUGGAAGCUGUGCUUUUCAUGGCAUUCAAACAACUGCUUGUAGAAUCCUUGAAAUUUUCAUGUCUCAGGGAACACAUAUGACUACUUAUCUUUAUUAAGCUUCUCUUUCUUAAUCUUGAAUUUCAAAAAGCAAAAGAAUGUUUUAAUUACUGUUUUAUCAAAAAAUUGCUCAUAUUCUUGUUUAUGGGAUGUAAAAAAAUAUGAUCUUAUCGUUUGAGGCUUCAGAAGAAGGAUUUCAUUCACAUCAAAAUAUCAACUAUAUCUGUAAACCUCAAAAUAAAUAUGAAUAGCCAGCA